UACUGAAGCGGAAAAACGCUGGAUCUAUUUAAAAGAUUGUUACAGAAAAGCAAGAAAUAUGUUAAAACGGAAGCAAAGUAUUGUACAAAAAAGUGGUGCAGCUGGUAUACCAAAGAAUUUUCCAAUAAAACCAUCCUUUCGUCACUACAAUGUAAUGACGUUCUUAAAUGAUACAUUUGAAUAUCGACAAACUGUAACGUCCUUGCAACGAUCAACAUAUGAAGAGCAAGCUUCCUCUUCAAACAGCGUUCCAUCAACAUCGACAAGUGACAACUUUAACGUGGAUGAUAUUGAUAUUUCUACUCCUAUCGCCGACAAUAAUAAUAACACGUCUCCAGUUUCCCCGACAUCACCGAAAUCAAAAAAGAGGAAGAGGAUUAAUUUAGACGAAUACGAAGAAGCUUUUAUUAAGUCUUUAACACAUAAUGCAGAACCAAAUCCUAUAGAUGGAUUUGUGACACGUUUGGCAGAAGGUUUGCACAGAUUAUCUUAUAAAUCUCGAUCAAAGUUGGAAAUAGAAUUUUUGUCAAGAUUAUAUGAAGCUGAAGAAGAAGAUGAGAAAUACAAACAGACAUAAGGAAAUGUGAUAAAAGAUAUAUUAAGAAGACUGAUCUUUAUAAUGUAACAAUAAGACUGAUGCAAUAUGCAUAUUGUGUAUUUCAAUAUGUUCAUAAUAUGUGAUUUUAGUUUUACUUUUGUUUAUAGUGCUUAUUUAUCAA